GGAAGUGGCCCACAGGAAACGGAAGUCCCGCCUCUCUCUAGCUCUCCUUAGAGGCUGAAGCAACGCGGAGGAGACGGGAGUGAGUUGAGAGUGCCGUUGCCACCAUGAGCCUCCUCAACAAGCCCAAGAGUGAGAUGACUCCAGAGGAGCUGCAGAAGCGGGAGGAGGAGGAAUUUAACACGGGUCCACUCUCUGUGCUCACGCAGUCAGUCAAGAACAACACCCAAGUACUCAUCAACUGCCGCAACAACAAGAAACUCCUGGGCCGGGUGAAGGCCUUCGACAGGCACUGCAACAUGGUGCUGGAGAACGUGAAGGAGAUGUGGACUGAGGUUCCCAAGAGUGGCAAAGGCAAGAAGAAGUCCAAGCCCGUCAACAAGGACCGCUACAUCUCCAAGAUGUUUCUGCGUGGGGACUCGGUCAUCGUGGUCCUGCGGAACCCACUCAUCGCUGGCAAAUAGAGCCCCUUUCCCACUGUCAGAACGCACUCCCUGUCCUUUGUAAUGGGAAUAAUAAAGUCCUGUUUUUCUAGUG